AUGGAUAGCACUAAACAGAAAUCCUCCCGCGAUCUCAAUGAAAAGUCACGGAUUGGUAUUGAACGUCAAGUGACGCCUGAGGAAGACCUUCGCGCCGAGAUCUUGGAAGAUGAUGGGGAAGUCUUCAAGACAAACGCAGGCCAGGCGCAAUAUCGCGCCCUGGGAAUGCUUCGAACAAUCGUCGUGCUGAUCAAACUGUGCUUUGCAACCGGCGUGUUGUCCAUUCCCGCUGCGCUUGGUGUUGUGGGCUAUGGACCUGGAUUGGUUCUUCUGGCCCUCUGGAGCGCCAUGACAAUGUAUUACGCCUACGUGAUGUACCAGUUUCGGACAAGGUACAAGGGCGUGCACAACAUCGUCGAUGCUGCUACACUGAUGGGAGGGCCAAUUGCCCGCGAGAUCACCACAGUUCUCUUUCUUCUCACGUGGAUUUUGGCGACGGGAUCGGGUUUCAUCGGUUUGUCUCAAGGCCUUAAGGUGCUCGCCAAUGGCAAAGGCUGUACCAUUGUCUGGACAUUGGUGGCUGCUAUUGCCACAGGGCUGCUCUCGAGUAUCAGAACUUUGGGCAAAUUGGCCAUAUUGACCUGGAUUGGAUUUGCGAGUAUUUUCACUGCCGUUUUUAUUGUCGUUGUCGGUGUCACUAUUGUCGAUAGACCUGCUGCUGCUCCUCCCAAUGGACCAUAUGAGCUCGGAGUCAUUGCCGUUGGAAAUCCCGGUUUCGUGCCAGGACUUGUUGCCGCGCUAAAUUUGUUCUCUGGUUUUGGCUCCACCUCAACAUUCAUGCCGGUCAUCGCCGAGAUGAAGGUCCCAAAGACGUUCCCCAAAGCCCUUUUUAUAUCCCAGGGCCUCCUGGUAGCCUGCUACAUGAGCUUCGGCAUGGUUGUUUACAUGUAUUGCGGCCAGUAUAUUGCCAGUCCAUCUCUCGCCAGUGCAGGUGGUACACUAGAGAAGAUUGCAUUCGGUGUGUCCAUUCCUGGAUUCAUGAUGACCUCGACGCUAUGGGUCCAUAUUGCCGCCAAAUUUCUUCUUGUCAGGAUCCUGCGUGACUCUGACCACCUACAAGACAACAGCUUCACUCAUUGGGCAACCUGGUUAUCAUCGACGAUUGGACUCACGAUCUUGUCCUUUCUCCUAGCCGAAGCCAUUCCAUUCUUCAACUUCAUCCUCGGAUUCAUCGGAUCUCUUUGUUGUUCCCCAACUUGUCUAGUUAUUCCCGCCAUCAUGGGUCUCUACAUGCAUCAAGGAAGAUACUUUUCCAAUAAGAAGACUAUUGUGUUAUGCGGGAUUCAUUGCAUUACUAUCGUGGGGGGUUCCUUCAUGACAAUUGCCGGCACUUAUACCACUAUACAAAGCAUUAUUGAUGCUUACGCCUCUGGUGGCGUAAAGGCUGCCUUUACCUGCGGGUAA